CCCUGUGGUUAUAUUCUUUUCAACAUACUGAAAGUUCUCUGCAAAAUAAAUUUAGGCUAAAGACAAGCACAACAAACAAUGGAAUCCUGAUCAUGGUGUUUGGUAGUUGACAGCAUUGUAGUAUAAUACUUGUUUUUAUAAAUUUCUUAAAACAAUUAAGAUUUCUUUAGGAGAGGUUGGUAGACUUCGAUUGGAUUUUAAACAGAGAGUAGCAAGCUUUGCUUAUCCUUGACAAUGGAGAAUGACAAACAGAUUCACAUUGCCAUGUUCCCAUGGCUUGCCCACGGUCAUAUCUCUCCAUACUUAGAGCUAUCAAACAGACUUGUUCAUGCCGGUCUUAAAGUUUCACUAAUCUCAACUGGUCUCAACAUUUCAAGAAUAAGAGAAAGUGCAGACAAAUUAGUGCAGCUGGUGGCGAUACCUUUGCCGGCAAUUGAAGGGCUGCCUGGCGAGAUAGAGAACACUGCCGACCUCCCCUUGGAUUUGAUGCCUCUGUUCGAAAAAGCAAUGGACGGAUUGGAGAAGCCCUUCCAGCAAAUCAUCCGUCAAAUUCGCCCAAAUUGCGUGGUCUUCGAUUUUUUCCAGUGGUGGACUCCAAGAGCAGUGGCUGCCGCCCAAUUUGGAACACCCACCAUAUUUUUCCAGACCUGUGGGGCAGCCUUUUCCGGCUAUUCAAUCCAUCCGGCCUGGCGCGGCCAUGGCAAAGAAAUCACAGCCCACGAUCUCACAAUACCCCCGCCAGAUUACCCAUCCUCUGUAAUCUCAUGGAAGCUGUUCGAAGCAGAGACCGUAAUUGGGUGCUAUAAGCCGCAGAAUCCAGGGGGAAUAAGCUUUCUGGAGCGGGGUCUCAAAUGUUAUGAAGAUUGCACGGCAAUGGCCAUUAAAACGUGCGAUGAGAUAGAGGGGAGCUUUGUAGAGUAUUUGCAGAAAAAAGUGGUGUGUAAGCGGGUUGUUCCAGUCGGCCCUCUGGUAGCCCUAAUUGCCCAAUCUAAAAUUAGGGCAUCUGCGUGUUUAGCUUGGCUGGAAAAGCAGGCACCUUGCUCGGUUGUUUAUGUGGCUUUCGGAAGCCACAGUUUUCUGUCAUCAGAUCAGGUGAAAGAAAUAGCAUUAGGGUUGGAGAGCAGCUGCCUGUCGUUUCUUUGGGCCCUGCGCCUGCCUCAUGGAAGGGCGAUGAAGGAUGUUCUGCCAGAGGGUUUCAAGGACCGCGUUGAGGGGCGAGGGUUUGUGACAGGAGAUUGGGUAGCACAGAGGGAGAUUUUAUCCCAUCCCUCCACAGGGGCGUUUCUCACUCACUGUGGGUGGAACUCUGUAAUGGAGGGCUUGAGCUGUGGAUUGCCUUUCAUUGCAUUGCCCAUCAUGUUGGAUCAGGCCAUCAAUGCCCGCCUCCUCUGUGAGCACUUGCUAGUGGGUUUUGAUGUGGGAAGAACAGAAGAUGGGUCUCUCUGCAGAGAAGAAAUCUGCAGAGCUGCAAGGAUGGUGAUGGACGAGGAACAGGGAAGGGAUUUUAGACUCAAUGCUCGUCAAAUGGGAGAAGUGUUCAGGUUUAAAAUUGUAGGGAGCGAGGAGGGGAUUCCGUUACAAGAGUUGUAUAUCAACAACUUUAUUGCCCUCCUGCUGCAGCUUACGGGUAACUCUCAGAUUGCAUCACCCUCUCAAACAACAGAGUGACUAUACUGGUUAGAGAUGGAAGAAUGAAAUGAACGAAUGGAUGAGUUUUAAUGACGUUCAGCUGUUUAAGGGAUCAAGAAACACAUCUUAAGUUAUAUUUAGGUUUUUUUAAAAAAAACUUUUUAAUUAUGAAUCAUUAUCAGGAAACUAGUAGUAUUGUGAAGCCUUGCUUCUUCAAAAAGACACUGGUUUAGACAACCAUUUUUCAAGUUGCUUUCAUAUUGAUUAUGGAUAUCUUGGUAGGCAGCACAUUAAAAAAUGAAGUGAGCCUGUUUAUCAUAUGUAUGGAUAUUUGUUAAGUGAAAGUGGUUUGGUGUAUUGACUAGCACUUGAACAAGGAAGGGGGCACAAUGAAUGAAAGAUUUAAAGAUAUUAAUGGUGUUCACAAGAUUAAAGACUAAAUAUUUUAUGGGACAUGAAAAAAUAUUCUUAAUUUA